AUGAAGAAGGUUUCUAAUACUCUUAGUAAUUCGUCUAAGAGGAAGUAUGAAGAUAUUUUUGCUAAUGUAAAAGCAUUUGAGGAAAAGGUUAAAGCUGCAUUGGAUGAUAUUAUCAAUAAUAAUACUGAUGAAGCUAGAAUAAAGUUGAACUGCAUUAUUGUAGAGUAUAUCAGUGACAUUCAGAAUCAGCAACUUCAAGACAUGUCUAAUAUUGAUGGGCUAAAGCAAGUAGUUUUCUCUAUGAGUGCAACAUUUGUGGAUGGUCUUGAUGGUAUGAUUGGUCGGUUCUUCCAAGCUUGUUGGGAUGUUAUUUGCGAUAAUCAAUCAAGUUUCAUUAAGGGUAGAACCAUAUCAGAAAAGAUCAUGCUUGCUCAGGAGAUUAUUCAUCAGAUCAAGAAAUCAAAGAAAGGCAAUAAUGUAGUGAUUAAAUUAGACAUGGUUAAGGCUUAUGACAGGGUUAAGACAUGGAUUUUUCCAGUCUACGAGAGGUCUCAAGCAGGGAGAUCAUUUAUCACCGGCUCUUUUCAUUCGUGGUGCAGAGGUUUUAUCCAGGUUGAUGAAUAA